AUGGGAAAUUAUUUUACAAAUAAUUAAAAUGUUUAAAAGUCAAACUUAAUGAUGGUAGGUUUAGACAAUGCUGGAAAAACUACUAUUUUAUAUCAAUUACAAAGAAAUAAAGUAGAAACAUUAAUACCAACAAUUGGAUUUAAUCUAGAAAAAGCCUAAUAUAAGCAAUAUGAAAUAUUUGCUUGGGAUAUAGGAGGAGCAGAUCCAAGGGUGUAAAUUUAUAAACCAAAUGGAUUAACUUAUAAUGGAAUCAUUUUUGUAGUCGAUUGUAAUGACAAGGAUAGGUUUGAAUGCACAGCAACCAUAUUUCAUAGACUUUUAACCAAGGAGAAUUUUAAAGAAUUGCCUAUUUUAAUAUUGGCCAAUAAAAAAGAUCUAAUAAAAGUGAACUUACAAGAAUUGACAAGAGACCUUAUGCUUGAAAAAUUAGCUAAUAUUUGGCAUAUUCAACCUUGUUGUGCCGUCUCUAAAGAAGGAAUUGAAGAUGGACUAAAAUGGAUGUAAAUGUAACUUAAGUGAUCUAUAAAUUUUAGUUAUUUUUAAUAUUAUUAUAAUAUAAAGACAAGAAUAUUGGGUUAUAAUAAGUUUUUUAAAAGAGAAAGUGCUAAUUAUUCAGAAAAAAUGUUAGCUUUUAAAAAUUAAAUUCAAUUCUUCAUUCUUUUGAUUUAAUGUUUAGGAUGGUUUUGA